UGUUGCUGUGCCAAUGCGCUGUCUGCUGUGGGUUAGGUCUCCCCCAAAAUGAGGCUGCGCUCGGAGCGCUCAAUCGUUUGAAUGACGAGCGCGUCAUGCUCGUCUUCCUCCUCUCCUGCUCUGCGCGAUCAGUGACUCUGUGUUCCGCAAUCCCUCGGGAUACAGUACCGCCCUCCAUGGCUCUGCUCUCGGCGUUCCGCUUAAACUGAAUGGCUGCCCGGAGCUGGAGAGAGGAAACGCGCGGAGAGAGCGCGCGGUGUCUCCUCCUGUGAACCACAAUCCUCACCCUGCAUCAACUUCCCAGCGAGGGGACCCUUUGGUGGUGUGCGUAGGCGCACCAUGGCCCAGACCCUCCAGAUGGCGAUCCCGAACUUUGGCAACAACAUUUUAGAGUGUCUGAAUGAGCAGCGACUGCAGGGCCUUUACUGUGAUGUGUCCGUGGUGGUCAAGGGCCAUGCCUUCAAGGCUCAUCGGGCCGUUCUGGCUGCUAGCAGCUCUUAUUUCCGGGACCUUUUCAGCAGCAGCAGUGGUGGAGGUGGUAGCAGCAAUGACACCAGCCCCACAGUAGUGGAGCUCCCACCGGCAGUGCAGCCCCAGAGCUUCCAGCAGAUUUUAGCUUUCUGCUACACAGGCCGUCUAAGCAUGACAGUGGGAGACCAGUUUCUCCUCAUGUACACUGCUGGCUUUCUGCAGAUCCAGCAGAUCAUGGAAAAAGGCACUGAAUUCUUCCUCAAGGUCUCCUCACCCAGCUGUGACUCCCAGGGCCUUCAUGCAGAGGAGGCCCCACCUUCUGAGCCACAAAGCCCUGUAACUCAGACCAGUAACAGUGCAGCACGGCCCGCCUCCUGCCUGACACCACUCCCUCUGGUGUCACGAGUGAAGACUGAGCAGCCACCCAGCCAGCCAGAAGCAGCCACUCCCUACUCGGUGGUCUGUACCCCCGUCGCCAAGCGGCUGUGGGAGGGCGGCAGCAGCCGCGAUGGAGGUGUGGUAGGCUCAGCAGGAGGGGGUGGGGCCAGGAAGGCAGCUCGUUAUUCCCAAGAGGUAGUGCGGGGCAGCGCCAUCCAAAGCUCCGCAGCACUCGGGCUGGCCAUGAGUAUGGGUGCCACAGCAACCAGCCUGACAGGCAUGGCAGCCAGUGGUGGGCUAAGUAGCAGUGCCAGCACCAAUGGGAACUCUGCAGCAGGACUUGGCAUGUCAGAGGGAGCAAGCCCGGGCACUCUGAGCACCUACACUAGUGACUCGCCCAUCAGCUACCAUGAUGAUGAAGAGGAGGAGGAAGGGACGGAUGAAUGUGCCGAAGAGCAGUAUAGGCAAAUCUGCAACAUGUAUACCAUGUACAGCAUGCUUAAUAUGGGAGCGGCAGCAGCUGGCGAGCGCGUUGAGGCUCUACCAGACCACACAGAGACGCGGGGUCGGAUGCGAGGCCGAGACCUGACGUGUCUCCCAGCAGAACUGAUUGCUCAGAUAGGCAACCGCUGUCAUCCCAAACUGUAUGAAGAAGGAGACCCCACUGAGAAACUAGAGUUAGUCUCAGGUACUUCUGUGUAUAUAUCGCGAGCCCAGCUAAUGAACUGUCAUGUGAGUGCAGGGACCAGACAUAAAGUGCUGCUGAGAAGGCUGUUGGCCGCCUUCUUUGACAGGAAUACUCUGGCCAAUAGCUGUGGCACAGGCAUCCGCUCAUCCACCAACGACCCGAGCCGCAAGCCCCUGGACAACAGAGUGCUGCACGCUGUUAAAUUUUAUUGCCAGAACUUUGCCACCAGCUUUAAAGAGAGCGAGAUGAACGCCAUCGCAGCCGACAUGUGCACCAACGCCCGGCGUGUGGUCCGCAAGAGCUGGAUCCCAAAGCUGAAGCUGCUGAUGGCCGAGAGCGACGCCUACUCCGCUUUCCUCCCCGACAGCGUCAAGACGGAGGACGACGCCCUCGGGAUGGAUCAGGCGUUUGACCCCACCUCCCUGGAGGCCACUGGCAGUGCUGGCAUGGAGUCAGGUGGCUCUUCAGGUGAAUCACUACCAGGUGUGGGUGGGGAUGGAGGACCGUUAUUUUGAACACUGUUCCUGGGAGAAAUUUCAAAUUUGGCAACAUACACACCAGUAUACCCCCAGUUCUGCUUGCCUCCUCACUCUUUUGCCCACACUGAUAUCUCAUAUUUGACUGUCUAUACUACACUGCUGGGGUUUUUGUCACCCUGAUGUAACCAGGACAUGAAAACUUAAGUUUUGCUUUAUGACUGUGCAAUGGAGUUAGUUCAGGAAUGGGGAGAGAGUCGGCGACAUGCUAACUGCCUCUGCCUCCCCUUGUCUUUUUAAGGUGUGUAAGCGCAUCCACUGUUGCAUAUUAAAUAAAUACAUUCCCUGGCGUGCAGGUGAUG